AUGGGAGUGGCAACAGAGAAAAACAGAGACCAUUCCACCAUCACCCUGGAUGACUUGAAGAACCCCAGCAACAGACAGAAGUACACCCGGGCAGAGUACUGUCCCAAACACACGGACCAGCGCAUGACCUUCUACUGCCAACCCUGUGCUAAGCCCGUGUGCCGAGACUGCACCAUCACUGAGCACCGACCAGGGCCGAAUCAUGACCCACAGGAGGUCAGUAAGGUCGCACAAGAGGUCAAGGGUGAACUACAGACAUUAGUGGCGACAGCACAGGAUAGGAACAACACAUUGAAGAAAUCUGAGGGCAGCGUUACCAAAAAACUAAGCAGUAUUACAACUAACUGUGAGCAGCAGAAAAAGAACAUACAGAAACAUUUUGCCCAGCUGAGAGCAAAACUGGACGAGGAGGAAAAGGAACUCACAAAGAAACUUGAGGAGAUGGAGAAGAGUCAAAAGGAGCCUCUGCUGAAAGAACUGAAAGAUGUGGGCAGUAACAACCCUGUACUGAGGUUUGGGCAGGAGGGCAGCCAGCAGGGGCAGUUUGACAGGCCUAUAGAUGUAGCAGUCAGGGGGGACAGGCUGUAUGUGGCUGAUACUGAAGACAACAUCAUUGUGACAGAUAUAGGCAAUGACCGUGUGCAGGUGUUUGACAAGAAUCUGAACUUCCAACACAAGUUUGGUCAGAAAGGCAGACACCCACAGGACAUGUGGGGCCCUCGGGGGGUGUCAGCUGACAGCAGGGGGAACAUAGUUCUGGCAAACGUUGGGGGUAUAACUGAUGGUGUUGGACACAGUGAGAAGCUUCAGGUGUUUCGCCAAGAUGGUACUUGGGUAUCAACAAUCCCCAGUGAUGGAGACAAACUGAACCUUCCCCACGGGGUGGCAGUGACAGAGGAUGGACAUGUGUUUGUAGCUGAUGCUGAGGACCACUGUAUCAGGAAGUAUAGAUACAUGUGA